AUGGCCUCAGAAGAGAUUGAUCUUUCUCUCUCGCUCGGUUGUGGCGAUGGUAGUUCAAAGAAAACUCUCACCCCUCCUUUCUCUUCCCCUCCAAUUGAACCUGUUCAAACUAACCUUUUGUUGAUGACUAAGCCAAUACAUGUCGCUAACCCUAAUCUUAACCCUUCCUUUCCAUCAUCCUCCAACAACAACAUUGACCCUUUUUUGGUAUCUUCCAGCGAUGACAACAACCUUCCAUCUGUGGCUGCUAAAGUGAAGGGAAAUGUUUCCACCGGUGCAUCCUCUACACGUCGCUCUCGUCGCGCUUCAUCUAAUCGGCGGAAUAGAGCAGAGGACGAAACCAUCCCUCCGCCGUUCCCUUGGGCGACGAAUAAGCAAGCCACCAUCCACAACCAGCGAUAUCUCUUGGAGAACAAUAUUUAUACCAUCACAGGAACACUUCACUGCAAGAAGUGCGAGCAGGAGUUCCAGUUGAGUCUGGAUCUGGUGGAGAAAGCGCAUGACCUGCGCAAAUUCAUUUACAGGAAAAAAGAUAGAAUGCAUGAUAGAGCGCCGGCAGCGUGGGUGAAUCCAGUGUUCCCAAAGUGUCCCCUUUGCGGACGAGAAAACAGCACUAGACCCGUCCUUGCGAAAGACAAAAAAGAGAUUAAUUGGUUGUUCUUAUUGCUUAGCCAAAUGCUAGGUUGCUGCACUCUUGAUCAUCUCAAAUAUUUCUGCAUGCACAACAGCAACCAUCGAACUGGUGCCAAAGAUCGUCUUCUUUAUCUUACUUAUAUGGAACUCGCCAAACAGCUUGAACCUGAAUGGUUUGAUUCUUGA